GCUGUUGGUGGCUGUUAGUAGCAGUCAGUAGCUUCUCGUUGGUUAAAGAGGGAUCUUUGAUGUCGAUGAUCUUUGUUCUACAUUCACUGUAGCACGUUAACCUUUGAGUUUAGUUGUUUAUAUUUAAUGUACAUCAUUUUAACACAGCGAAUGCGUUUUUUUAUUUUAUGCACAUUCCACAGUGCAAACGACACAUUUUUAACAGUUCAUAAGUCAAAAUGAAGAGAUACGAGAGCUUCAAAAUGAAAAAGUACGAGAUCUUAAAGCAGAUCGGAGAAGGAUCAUUUGGACAGGUGUAUAAAGCUAAAAAGCGUUCAGAUGGCGAAAUCGUUGCUUUUAAGAUGAUAAGAAAGUGUGGCAGAUCAUUCAAGGAACUCAAAAGCCUGCGUCAAGAAUGUGAGAUUCAGCGUCAUCUGCAUCAUCCGAACAUCGUGCUGAUGAUAGACUCGUUCGAAACGGAAAAUGAAAUCGUAGUUGUAACGGAGUAUGCGGAUAAGGAACUCUAUGACAUACUAGACAAGGAAGGCAGAUUGUCCGAAGAGCGAGCACAAGUUGUAACUUGUGAUCUGGUGUCCGCACUUUAUUACUUACAUUCCAACCGAGUGAUGCAUAGAGAUCUCAAGCCGCAAAAUGUCCUUCUCGAAUCAAAUGGCGUUGCCAAGUUGUGCGAUUUUGGAUUUGCUCGCAGUAUGAGCACCGGCACGCAUGUACUCACGUCAAUCAAAGGUACACCAUUAUACAUGGCACCAGAACUCAUAGAGGAAUGUCCUUAUGACCACAACGCUGAUUUAUGGUCUUUAGGUUGUAUAGUGUACGAGUUAGUAGUGGGCUCUCCGCCAUUUCAAACUAAUUCAAUAUUGCAUUUAGUUAAGUUAAUCAGAUUUGAAGCGAUAAAAUGGCCAGAUUUUAUUUCAUCUAAUUGCAAGAACUUCUUGCAGGGUUUACUUCAGAAAGAUCCUUCUCAACGUUUAACUUGGCCCGCUCUUCUUGAACAUCCGUUUGUCAAAGAUCGGAUUAUAAUAGUAGGUGGCACCGUGCCCACUCCAUUCACGACUCCGUUGUCGGCGAGCCAAGCGAGAGCAAAGCAGCAACAGUUGCAAAGCCUGGCAAUGCGUUCUACGAAUCAAACCAAGGUUGUAGAGAAAGCGAUUCAAAAGAUGCAAGAACAGGAAAGGAAGCAUCGCGAGCAUCGUCAUCGAACGUGCUUCUCGCAACCAGGUUAUCAGUUACCGCCUGCCUACUAUCAACAAGCGAUAAGUCAUUGUCAAACGUUGCGCCAUAGUGAGCCAAGUGGUACUGACUCCAGCGCUAGCAUUGAUGUACUGCUAGGAAAUCUUAGUCUCAGAGCAUCUCUGAGAAGUGAUCUUCUAGCUGCGGAUCAUGCUAUUUGCCAAACUGACUGUCCGCAUGGAGUAAACGCGCAACAUAAUUUCCCAGUCCCAUCAGAGAAUUAUUCGACGGAUUAUACUGUUCAAACGCAAGAUGAUAAUCAUUCCGUACGACAGUUAAAUAGAAAACUGCAUCGUGUCAAUAUUCAAGGUGAUGGAGUUAAUGUGGGCCUGACUGAGAAAUCUUCACACGUGGAUCAAAUGCAUGAUGAUGAUGAUGAUUGCAAGCAAAGCGGUUUGAACAGCGAUUUGAACAGGUGGGAAUUCAGUGAGACAAAAGUUUUGGCUGAGAAACGCAUGAGAUUGCCGGAUUGGGACCUAAAAGCAGUAGAAAGACCAAUCGAGAACGAAGAGUGGGUGGCAUUUUUGCAGAAAUCAAUGGAAGAAAUCAUGGAGGGUGAAGUUGACUCGAUGUUGCAGCAAAACUGCGUUUCAGUUUUUGUGUCCCCUUUGAGAAAUCCGGCAGCAGGUUGUCGAGUCAUCGAAUAUGUGGCAUGUUUAUUAUUACUGCCAUUCACCGUGUCAAUCAGCAAAAAUAAUCUGAAGAAGAUUGAAACAGUUUACUUAGACGUGAGAGUGGUACCAAAUCUUGUUUAUGCCAUAAAAUUGUUAAUGUCGAAACGUCCCGACAACGAAUCGUACGCGGCAGACAGAGGAGACAACGCGGGAACGAGACCGGCAUCUUCUUUGUCGGCUGAUGAGCUCCAAGCACUCGAAUGCGCGAUGCUCGUUCUUUGUAGACUGGUAUACGUCGAGAAUCAAUUCCUCAUGCAAUUUUGCGAUGCCAUCUACAUCGUGAACGGAAUGUCGUUUUUGAAGGAAUUACUUGCUUUAGAGAAAAGGAAGGUAAGAGUUGUCAUGGACCUUGUUGCGAUUUUAAACAACGUACUGCGAUCUCAGCCUGAGAAUGCCGAACUUGUGGAACGUGUCGUGCUGCGUAUGCCAGGCUCUUCAGUGGAACAAUUGAACAGACUCCUUAAUCAUCGGCAAGCUGUCUUGCGAGCAAGAACAUGUAUCAUGAUUAGACUCUUGGCUAGAUUUUGUUGUAGAGCAUUACAACAAGUUUGGAAUAGAUCAUUAAGAAAUGUCAUCGAGGGUUUAACCGAGGAUGAGGAUGAACUGGUACGACAGGCUGCAGAGGACGCUGUAGCUGAAUUAAAACAGCUGACAUAUUACAAUCAGAAAACCCCUACCAAUUGAGUGCCUUAGGAUAAAUCAACGAGAUUAUAUUUUUAGAGAUCAAUUUUAUUAUUAUCGUUACAUCUAGUAUAAGUUGUAUAAGUUUUCGAAAUUAUGUCUUUUAUUCUCUGACAGACUGAUAAUUAUACUUAAGAAACGAAUUUGUUUGAAUUAACAACGAAUACUUAAGAACAAAUUUGUGAUAUUUUUGUAUAAAUUUUGUAUAAAUCGCUUUAUAAUAAACCAUUUUUUAUAUAAAAA